AUGAAAAUUUUUAAAUUCACUCGCCCAUCUCUAAACCUUGGACCCCCACCUAGAUCACGAUACCCUCUGGUCAUCAUUCUUAUUGAUGAUUGGCUAGUUGAUGCGCUCACAGACAUACAAUCAACCAAUGAUAUUGGUUCUUUAAUAUCUUUUGUGCAUUUAAAAGAUGAAUUGUGUCCGUCUAGUACACACAUCUUCGAUCAGUAUGUCAAAACCCAUUGUGGUACAUUACAUAAUAUAAAGCCUGUAUACGUUGCCUCAUCUGACGUACAUUCAGAACAUGAAACAUCGUCGUCACUGCCAUCAUCAUCAUCAUCACCACUGCCAUCAUCAUCAUCACAGCCAGUAGCAUCGUCAUCAACACCGACGGCCCUGGCUAAAAAUAACUCAGCGGAAAACCGAAGCAAAAACACUGACCAAUCGUUUUGUUGUUGCGUAUGUCUGACCAAUAAGAUAGGAAGGGUUUUGUUGCCCUGCAGACAUGCAUGUGUCUGUGCCCCAUGCUGUGAUAGGCUGUUAUACUGCCCUAUCUGUCGUAAUGUUAUUAGUAGAACGUUUGAUCUCGAUUGUUAG